GAGAAGCGGCCGUGCCACCUGCAGCGCUAGCGAAUGACAUGAUGAUGUUCUACUCGCCGGAAGAGCUGUUCGCAGGAAAUGCAACGCUGCUCGAGAUGAUAUGUGCAUCCGUGUGCGUGACGUCGAUGGUGUGCUUCACACUGGAGAAGCGGCAUCGGAACGAACGGUCGUUUGACAUGGAGGUGGGGAGCAACGCACGGCGGAUGGCUGCUCGCGGGAACGCGACGUCCUUCCCGAUGCCGUGGACGGACAUGCUUGCGCAACUGACCGCCUUCGAGGAAAACGCGUCUAAGGAGAGGCCGCCGUCGCUGCCACGGACUGGCGUCGAACUGGCAGACAUAGUGUCGGUGAUUUUGAAGUCGGGAGGCGAUGACGAUACGGCAGAGAGCAUGGCGAAGUUUGUACACCAGGCGUUGGUCCGUCGGGAAGUAGUCGUGAGGCUGAUCGAGGGGGCGAAGAUGCGUGGGCACCGAGCGUAUCAGCACGUGUGCAUGGAAGAGGUGCGAAAGAAGGCUACGGAGCUUCCUGAGCAUGAUGUGCCGCCCGAGAUCAUGUGUCUGGCGCCUCUGGACGACGCGCUGGACAAGAUACAGAUGCAGAAAGCAGCGACGCCAGUUCCGCGCCCGGACGGGCUGAAGGAAGAAGCGGAGAUCCUGGGAGCGACGAAAGGCAACGCCGUGGCCUUUGAGAAGAGCAGCUUCGACGACGGGGAUAUCAAUGCCCAACGCGUGGAAGCCUUACGAAGUUUUGCACAGAGGGUUUCGCCAGAGUGCGAGCAAGAUGGAACCAGCGAGCGCACGCAGGACAGCGAUUGCGAGUCGGAGAAUGAAGAUCCCAGAGUGAAACGCACGCGCGCACGCGGGCCCGAAAAGAAGCCCGACGCCCCACCGGCGACAGAGAGGGAAGAGGUGAGAUUGGUGACGGAGGCGCUGGAGAUGACGUGGUUUACGUGCGUAUCCGCGAACCCGAAAGACGUGGACGCGCAGAUCACGCCCGAGGAGAUCAGCGAAGGCGCGAAGCAGAUCUACCGUGCAUUGGCGGGUCAAUACCAGGACGGGAACGGUAAGAAGCAGAAAGUGAUGGGAGACAUGACGAAAGUGCGCUACGUCCCGGGACUCGGUAGAGUUGCCCACAAGUUGCUCGCGAACAUCGAGCACCCGUCUCGGCGGCUUCCAGGGACGCAGGAAACACGACGGGUCAUGCGGUUCCAAACCUACGCGGUCCGCGUACGGUACGGUGUGCCGAUGUUCGUGAUUUUCUUUCCCGGUGAAGGGCACAAUCUCAUCAUGGUCCGGUUGUCGCGCACGCGACGUCGUGACCCCGUCCACAAUGCGGCGAGCGACGCGGCUGCGUCACGGGCAGUUGGUGGUCGGGAGUGGCCGCAGGUCGCUCCAGAGACUGACGAUGUGCGCUUGGAACUACCGCCGGCGGCGAUCUUGCCGCAAGCGCCUUCCUGGGCGGAGCGCAGGAAGACACUCGCCCGGGAUCCGAUGGCAAGCGUGGAAGGCUUCCGUGCGAUUGUGGAC